AUGUAUUCAAUUCAACAUGAUUCAAAUAAUUCAUCUUAUGAAACAAUGAAUUAUAUACGAUCACAACAACAACAACAACAACAACAACAAUUAAUAUCUCAUAAUCGUAAAAUAAUUAAAACAAAACAAUAUUAUUUUUGGUCAACAAAAUUUUAUGAAAAUCAAAAUAAAUCAAAAGAUAUAUUACCGGUUUAUCAAACAUUAUGUACUUUUGAAAAAUCUAGAAAUGAUGAUGGAAAUGGUAUGUUUCAUCGUUCACCAUUAAUAUCAUUUUGUGUACCUGAUGUAUAUUCUUCAGGAUCAAAUGGUACAUAUUCACCACCACCAUCAUCAUCAAAUUUACCUCCACCACCAUCUGAAUGGCUUCCGUAA